GAGGAGAAGGAGGAGGAGGGAGGUGCGUGGACCGAGCAUGCGGGACUCUGGACUUCAGGGGGGCAAAAGACGCAUAGAGCACGCGGACCAGUUCCCGCACCGCACCGCACCGGGACUGCUCGUGUUACUUUCCUUCCUCCACUUUCAUCUGUCCGGUGCGCAUCCUUUCCUUCUUUAUUUCUUUCUCUUUCUCCCUUUUUUUCCUCUCCCUCCUCCUCCCGGUCCUAUAAAUAAGAGCUCCGUCCGUCCGCGCUGCGUAACUUUUAUUUAUUAAACUGGUGGAAACGCGCGCGGCUGGCACGCGCGCCCCAGACUGCGGAGGAGACUGAGGUAAGCGAUGACUUCAAAGGGGGGAAAAGAUACAAAAUAACGAUCAUAAAGCAGAACCGAGAGGGAGAGAGAGAGAGGACAAAGCCGGCGUUGUCGCAAAGGAAGAGCGGCUGAGGAGAUAUAGAGGUACAGAGAGAGAGAGAUAGAUAGAUAGAGGGAGGGAGAGAAGCGUCCCGAGCUGAAGUCACGGAUCUCUCUCUCUCUCUCUCUCUCUCUCUUUUGUGUUCUACUGCAUUGCAGUUUAAACCCGGUGCAAAGCGAAAGAGAGCGGCUCGCGCGCCGUGCAGCAUCUAAAUGAACCGGAGAAGGAGAGAAAGACCCGGUACCGAGGGGACCUGCUCCCUGUGACACUCUCGGAUUUUCUCUAAAGAGGAUGUGUUUUUGUUUUAAUGCGGUGCAGACGUGACUGGGGCAACUAAGGAAGUGCAGUAUCAUCUAAAAAAAAAAAAAAGAAUAAAAUAAAUAAUAAUACAAAAAAAAAAAAAGACCCGCACAGAGAAGCAUUCAUAGACUCAGGAAAUAUUCCAGGAAUUGGAGCAGGAGGAAGCUGCAGAGAGAUAAAGAGAGAAGGAGAGACAGAGAGAGAGAGAGCCAUGGGGAGUACGAGCGUUGGCGCAGUGAGCACGCCGCUCUGCUGCUACCUCGUGCUCAUGCUGCAGCUGCUGACUCAGGUCGAUUCAGCGCUGCGCUACCGGGUGGCCGAGGAAGGUCCGACAGAUGUGCGUAUCGGAAACGUGGCAAGUGACCUGGGGCUCGUGCCAUCCGGGAUCGGCACUGGCGACGUGACUUUCGCCCUGGAAUCUGGAGCGGAGUACUUCAAGAUAGACAAUGUGACGGGCGAGCUGACCACCAGCACCCGGCGCAUAGACCGCGAGAAGUUACCCCAGUGCGCCAUGAUCUUCGACGAGAACGAGUGCUUCCUAGACUUUGAAGUUUCCGUGAUCGGGCCGCUCCAAAGCUGGGUGGAUCUUUUCGAAGGCCGCGUCGUCGUGACCGACAUUAACGAUAACACCCCGUCGUUCCCGUCUCCGAUGCUUACUCUGUCGGUCGAGGAAAACAGGCCGAUCGGAACGCUGUACCUUCUCCCCACGGCUACGGAUCGUGACUUCGGACGCAACGGAAUCGACCGCUAUGAGCUUGUGCACCAGGAUGCCGUUUCCGGGUCACGCCGACCUAAUCCCAGCAUGGCCACGGGAACCGAAAGGAAUGGCGGUGGUGAGAGGAGGCGUGUCCAGGAGACCGGGUCAACCCCAAAUGGGCGGAGCAACAGUGUAUUUGAAUUGCAAGUUGCCGAUACACCUGACGGACAGAAACAGCCACAGUUGAUUGUAAAAGGCCCGUUAGACCGAGAGGCACGCGAUUCCUAUGAGCUCAUUCUCCGAGUACGAGACGGCGGAAAUCCGCCACGUUCCUCCCAAGCGCUGCUUCGUAUUUCCAUCACUGAUGUCAACGACAACAAUCCUCGCUUUGAAAGACCUGUUUAUGAAGCUGAAAUGGCUGAAAACACACCUCCAGGAACACCUGUGCUCCAGGUGCGAGCGUCAGAUCGUGAUGUUGGAGUAAACGGGCAGGUGGAAUAUGUUUUUGGUGCCGCAACAGAAUCUGUACGCCGGUUAUUGCGCCUCGACGAGGCCUCAGGCUGGCUCAGUGUUUUACACCGUAUUGACCGAGAGGAAGUUUCCCAACUCCGCUUUGUAGUAACUGCAAAAGAUCGAGGACAACCGCCUCGAACGGACCGCGCCACAGUCAUACUCAAUGUCCGAGAUGAAAACGACAACGUUCCUGUUAUAGAUAUCCGCAAAAUCGGGCGCAUUCUUGUGCGAGACGGAGCUGCUAUGGUCCCUGAGAACGUUCUAGUGGACACUCCUGUAGCUUUGGUCCAAGUUUCUGAUCGUGAUCAAGGAGAAAACGGCGCUGUGACAUGCACAGUGGUGGGAGAUGUCCCAUUUACGCUAAAACCCGCAGGAGAAAAUGCACUAGCUCCUCCUCCAGCUGUUGAUGAUGCCUUUGAACGAAACAAAAAAAAGUUUUUCCUGCACACAUCAGCGCUUUUGGACUAUGAAACCACAAGGGAUUACACGGUCACGAUUGUUGCAGUGGAUUCAGGAAGCCCAAGUUUGUCUGUUAACAGCACAUUAAUGGUGCGAGUGGUGGAUAUAAACGAUCACGCUCCGACGUUCCCUCAAAAUCUGAUGGAAGUUCAUUUCGCUGAAAACAACACACCAGGGGAGCGGGUGGUCACCGUGGUAGCGUCUGAUGCCGAUAGCGGCAAAAAUGCAGAAAUCGCAUAUUCCCUGGAUCCAUCUGUGAAUGGUGCAUUUUACAUAGACACAGAUAAUGGAGAUAUACGUGCCACGGGAGAGUUAGAUCGAGAACAACGUGACAGAUAUGAGUUCCGUGUAAUCGCGCGGGACAAGGGCACUCCAUCUUUACAGGGUUCCACAACCGUAGUUGUCCAGAUAACAGAUAGAAAUGACAACGCUCCAAAGUUCGUCCAGGAAGUUUUCACAUUUUACGUGAAAGAGAACUUGCUUUCCAACAGCCCUGUCGGUAUGUUGACUGUUACGGACGCAGACGACGGAGAGAAUGCGGAGUUGAGUUUGUUUGUGGAGGAGGACAAUGAUGAGGAAGAGGAAAACGAAACAGGAAGUAGAAAGCAGGAAACCGUAACCAAGACCUUUUCCAUAGAGAACAACACCGGAACCAUAUUUUCUGCACUGUCAUUUGACCGCGAGCGUCGCAGCACAUAUAAAUUUCGUGUCCGGGCCAUAGACGGAGGCGACCCGCCUCGAUCCGCAACUGCCACAGUUUCUCUGUACGUAACAGACGAAAAUGACAACGCUCCAUCCAUCAUCACUCCCUUGAACGACUCGUACACACUCCUAACUCCAUCAAGCGGCGCCCGGACUGUCGUGAGAACCGUAACGGCCUCGGACAGUGACGCCGGGUCCAACUCAGACCUGCGCUAUGCUCUGAUUGGUGGAAACCCGUUUCAUCUGUUCGAGAUCGGCGCAAGCAGCGGGGUCAUCACGCUGACGGAACCACUGGAGAGGCGACACCGAGGACUUCACCGUCUGGUGGUACGAGUUAACGACAGCGGAGUUCCAUCACUGUGCGCCACGGCGCUUGUUCAUGUCUUCGUCAAUGAGAGUCUCACUAACGCCACCCUGGUGGACGCUCAGGUGGCUCGCAGUUUGGGUGUCCCCCUGUCCCUGGACAUUGCAGGUGACCCUGAUAAUGAGAGGAUUCUGGGUAAGCAGCGUCUCAGCGUGGCGAUCGGUGUGCUGUCCGGCGCGGCCGCUGUGGUUCUCAUCAUCCUCCUGGUUCUGACGGCGCGUCAGUGCGGUGCGCUUGGGAAAAACGGCUAUGAGGCCGGAAAGAAAGAACCCGAGGAGGACUUCUUCACGCCCCGCCCACCCUCACAGCCACCUCCCGAGAAAAAAAAACGGCGCGAUGCAGAGAAACGUGACAUUCGGUCAAAAUCUGAGCGCUCGCUGUACGCCGGGAUCGUCACAGUGAACAGCUGCAGACGCACCGACGAGGAAGAAGAGGAGGAAGAGGAAGUAGAGGAGGAACAGGAAGUGAGUCAGCGCAUCGGGGCGAGGCGUCACCGCUCCAGUCCUGACCUGGCACGUCAUUACAAGUCCAGCUCCCCGUUACCUGCUGUCCACCUGCAGCCCAACUCGCCGCCGGUGGAGGGGAAGAAGCACCAGGCCGUGCAGGACCUUCCUCCCACAAACACCUUCACAGGGAAUGGGAACGGGAACGCCGACGCCAUGUCACUCGGCUCCGACCACUGCUCCGACUACAGCUGCCACAACACCAAGUACAGCAAACAGCCGUUGCGCAGGGUGACGUUCUCCGUGGCGACAGAUGCUGGUUGCUAUGACAGCGGGGUGGACGAGUCAGAGACACCGAGCAGUAAGAGCAGUAAGAUCGGCGUUCUGUCUCUUCCUGAAGAUGGAUAUGAGAGAACGACACCUGAGGGCAGUGUGGGAGAGGAAGAGCAUGUGGAGAAUGACUCAAGGCAGCUUCCAGAUGUAGCUUUAACAGGAAAAUGCACCCGUGAUUGUGGCGAGUAUGGCCACUCUGACACCUGCUGGAUGCCUGUGCAGUCGUCGCCACGGAGACUCCAAGGCAAUGGAGCACCACGGCAACGCAUGUCCAGCUUCACUUCAGCAGGCGAUGACAACAACAAUCACGACAACAGCGAUCGAGAGGAAGAGGAAGGAGAGGAGGACGACGGUUCGGACCAAGGCAGCGGAGGGGGCGGAGCCGAUGACACGCGCAGUCCUCUGGCCAAUGGUGAUCCACUUGCAAGCCGUCGCCAUGGUGACCGUAACAGAAACAUUGGGGAUCACAACCGGAACCUGCUGAACCGCAAAAUGACAUCAGCAUCAUAUGACACCUUUAGCAGCGCUAAGUUCGGAGGUCAAUGCCAUGGUGACGAUUCAGAGGUGCCCUGCCCAAAUGAGGUUAUUCCCCUGACCCGGUCAGGGGGUGGAGACUUCAAAACAACAUCAUGCCUGACAUUAUCACGCAGGGAAGUUUACCUGUGAGAAACCCAUGAGACAUGAACUCUCACCUGAGCUGAAAACUCACACCUGAGAUACAAACUUGCAUCGGAGCUAUGACCUGAGACAAGGACUCACCUAAGACACGAUUUCACACCUUAGACACGAAUUCAAACCUGAGAUACAAACUCAAACCUAAGACAUGACUUUACACCUGAGACACAAAUUUACACCUGUGAUAUGAAGUCACAACCAUCUGAGACAAAGUCUCACACCUGAUGUAAAAACUGAAUUAGCAUCUAAAAGACAUGGUCUUAUCCGAACCCUGAGCUCACCCCUGAGACCCAAAGAAGAAGCACCAAGAGAGCAUCUGAUAACAAGCACCUUGACUACAAAAUUGUAACUGAGAUAUGAAGUCACCCAUGAGAAAGGAACUUUUCCCUAAACUAUCUAAACCUGAACCUAAAUACAAAGCUAACAUCUGCAGGUGAAGAACCUCAGCUAGGAAUUUUCGACUGAGCUAAAAAUUGGCAUCUUAGUUAAGAAAUCACAGCUAGACAUGCAAGACUUACACCUGACCUGCAAAGUUUUAGAUUCACACUAAGUUCAGGAUUUGACUUCAGCAUCUGGACCACACCUGGAAACAUCAAACUCUCUCCUGAUAUCUUAUCUUGUGCCAUAGAUAUAGAUUUGAAACAAAGUUUUGACCUCUGGUACAGACCUGCUGAUAGAGCUUCCAGUUCUGACCUAAUUCCCAUCUAAGCUACUAAUUCAUCUGAGCUACAAAUUGUUACCUGAUGUACCAGUAAAGACCUGCACAAAAGCCAUGAGCUACCAGUUCUUAACUGGGUUAUCAACCCUUACUCGACCACUUCUCAUCUGUGUUUCUUAUCUUCACUUGACCAGUUCCCACAUUGGCUACCUAUCUUUACCUGAACUGUCCUUAACUGGGCUACCUAUCUUU